AUGGCCAUCACCCAAACACCGAAGGUUAAGUCCUUUGAGACGAGACUGUUCAUCAACGGCAAGUUUGUGGAAGCCUCUGAUGGUGGUAAAUUCGAGCUGAAAUCACCCGCCACAGGCGAAAAGUUCGUCGAAGUCUCCGAGGCAACAGAGGAUGAUACAAACGCCGCUGUUGCUGCUGCUAAAGCUGCAUUUCCAUCGUGGUCCGAGCUCGCUCCCUCAGCUCGAGGGGCUUACUUCAAGAAGCUUGCCCAGUUGAUUCGUGAAUGCCACGAUGAGCUUGCUGAGCUGGAGGCUUUGUCAAUGGGGCGCCCUGUCUCUGCGUACUUCGAGUCCUUCGUCGUGGCAGAGUCUUUGGAACACUAUGCCGAGGCAGGCUAUGACGCUUUGGGAACGACCAGUUUGAACACGCCUGGCUUUGUGAAUAUCACUAUGCGACAGCCGUAUGGUGUGGUCGGUGCUAUCAUUCCUUGGAAUGUGCCGGUUUUGUUCUUGAUUGGUAAAAGUGCACCGGCACUGAUCGCAGGAAAUACUGUUGUGGUGAAAAGCAGCGAAAAGGCACCACUGACCUCCGCCAAAAUUGCCACACUGAUCGACAAAGCCGGCUUCCCUCCUGGUGUUAUCAAUAUUAUUUCAGGACAUGGUCACAUCUCCGGAAACGUAAUGUCGCAUCACAUGGACAUUCGCGUCCUAAGUUUCACCGGCUCAGGCAGAACAGGACGCGUUAUCCAAGCCGCAGCAGCCAAGUCCAACCUCAAGAAUGUAAUUCUCGAGCUCGGGGGAAAAUCUCCCGCUAUCAUCUUCCCCGACGCCAAUAUCGAAAAAGCAGUCAAUCAGACCCGGUACAGCAUGCAAUUCAACACUGGUCAGGUCUGCAUGGCUAAUUCCCGCAUCUACGUGCACGAAUCGAUUGCUGAAAAGUUCAUUGAGUCGUUCAAGAAGAGCUUCGCUGAUAUCAAGAGCGGCGACCCCUUACUUCCAACCACGCAGCAGGGCCCACAGGCCGACGAGCUGCAAUACAAACAGGUCCACGCUUAUAUCGAGGAGGCUAAAAGGGUUGGCAAAUUGGCUAUGGGCGGAGAGCCUUCUCAGCACGAGAAUGGAUUUUUCGUUCCCCCUACGGUAUUCCUUGAAACGGCCGAAGACGCGAAGCCGAUGAAGGAGGAGAUCUUUGGCCCUGUCGUGCAUAUUAAUACGUUCCGCGAUGAAGAUGAGGUCGUUGCCAAGGCCAAUGAUACUGAGUAUGGUCUGUAUGCGGCUGUUUAUACCAAGGAUGUCAGCCGAGCUCUGCGGAUGGCGAAGAAGUUGGAUUCGGGCAGUGUUGGAGUCAACUGUACUAGCCCGACCGGGGCAAAGGAUAUGCCGUUUGGAGGUUAUAAGGCUAGUGGAAUUGGUCGUGAGGGAUGGACUGUUAGCAUUAACAACUAUCUGGAGACUAAGAGUGUUCUGAUUAGUGUGGAUGAUGAGUGA